AGAGGAAACGCGCAUAGUUAGAGCUAUCACAGCUAGAAACGACAUCUUAGGCAGGGGGGUUUAAACGGGGAGAAAGCAAAUAAAAAGGGAGCCGCGUAGGUAAAUAAUUAGUUUUAUCCGCGUAUUAUUCCCACAACCGCUUAAAUGUAACACAAGCCAUGGAUUGAAGCCUUUGUAACCGAAAGUGAAAGUGCGUAAGAUUUUUGCACAACUUAGCCUACUACAGCUAGCUUAGUUAGGGGGAGGGGCAUAGGGUAGAUUUUUUUGUGUAAAUAUCUUUGCGUAACUUAAAGUUAUUUGUUUAUGUUAUUUCACACAGACAUGACCUCUUCGAAUCAAGAGUUGACAGAUCCAAAUCUGGGCAUGGGAGCAAGUGGGACACAAGCAAGUGGUGGAACUGUUGUACCGAAAGGAACCAACAAAAGACGAAUUACGUCAGACUUUGAGGAUGAUGAAGGGAGCAAGUUGUUCAGAGGUGAUGAUGACACAGGAGGCUCCAGCAAUGACAAAGAGCGCUUUGCCAGGGAGAAUCACAGUGAGAUUGAGAGGAGGCGGCGGAACAAGAUGACUGCCUACAUUACAGAAUUGUCAGAUAUGGUUCCCACAUGCAGCGCGCUAGCACGAAAACCGGACAAGCUAACCAUCCUGCGAAUGGCCGUUUCUCAUAUGAAGUCUUUGAGAGGAAGUGGAAAUACCAAUGCUGAUGGAUCCUACAAGCCGUCCUUUCUCACUGAUCAGGAACUAAAACAUCUAAUCCUGGAAGCUGCUGAUGGCUUCCUGUUUGUUGUGUCCUGUGAGACCGGUCGCAUUGUUUAUGUCUCGGAUUCUGUGACACCGGUCCUGAACCAGCUACAGUCUGAAUGGCUCGGCUCAUCCCUUUACGAUCAGCUCCACCCAGAAGACACAGAAAAGCUCAGGGAGCAGCUCUCCACUGCAGAGAAUAACAGCACAGGGAGAAUGUUGGACUUGAAGACUGGUACUGUGAAGAAGGAGAGUCAGCAGCCAUCAGCGAAAAUGAGCAUGGGAGCCCGGCGAUCUUUCAUCUGCAGAAUGAGAUGUGGAACAUGCCCUGUGGAGCCAGUGUCGAUGAAUAGACUCGGCUUUCUAAGAAACAGAAACCGAACUGGUUUGGGUACGGCCAAGGAUGGAGAGCCUCAGUAUGUAGUGGUCCACUGUACAGGAUACAUCAAGUCUUGGCCUCCUGCUGGUGUGUCUUUAGCGGACGAUGAAGCGGACAAUAAUCAGGGGAGUCGCUACUGCCUUGUUGCCAUUGGAAGAUUACAGGUUACAUGUUGUCCUGGGGAGACGGACCCUAAUAGUCUCAGUGUUCCGGUGGAGUUCAUUUCUCGCCAUAACUGCCUGGGCAUUUUCACCUUCGUAGACCAUCGUUGCCAGUCUGCUGUUGGGUAUCAGCCCCAGGACUUAUUGGGGAAGAAUAUUCUGGAGUUUGCCCAUCCUGAAGAUCAAGGGUUGCUAAGAGACAGCUUCCAACAGGUGGUGAAACUAAAAGGCCAAGUUCUGUCAGUGAUGUUUCGGUUCCGCUCCAAAUCAAGGGAAUGGAUCUGGAUGAGAACCAGCUCCUUCACUUUCCAGAACCCUUUUUCAGAGGAAAUUGAGUAUAUCAUCUGUACAAAUGUCAAUGUGAAAAACUCAACCCAGGAUCCUCACACCCCCACCCCCUCCCCAGGGGCUUCGAUGCCCCCCUCCUUAGGCCAGAGCAGCCCAAAUGGCCGUCCUGCUGUGCUCAGCCCAGGUCAAUUAGCCAACAGACAGUUGCAACAGCAGCAGGCAGACCUGGAGGGAGGCGGGACCAGAGACGCACUGUACGAAGCCGGUCCAAUCAUUCCACAGAUGCCAGUAACGCCAGCAGGUCCAGACCACAACAAAAGCCUUGAAAAGUCAGAGCUCUACCCCCCAAUGUUCCAAAGUCCAGACCCCACAAAGGCCAUGUCAACCACCUCAGCACUCAACACUCAGAUCUACGCAAACAACUUUCCAGCUGCUCGUUCCAAUGACGCUUACAGGCCAAUCAGUAUGCCUCAACAGAUGGCCCAACAAACACAGUCAGCACCGUCUGGCCACACAGCAGGACAGCUGUUGGCUCAGAUGUCACGUCAAAAUGGAUCCUCUGUGAACCCAUCCAGCGCUUGUAAUCCUCUGCACGGAAGCACCACAGCAGGAUGGGCUGGAGCUGGAGCCAGUGUCAGACCGCAGUUUAACAACCAACAGGUGGCUCCACAAGCAGCAAAAACCAUGUCGCCACAGUUUUCUUCCAUGGGAGGAUUUGGAGGUAAUUCCUCUGCCACCUUUGGCCAAAUGCCUACAGGUGCUGCUCCAGCUCAAACCAACAACGGAGCAAACUAUCCAGACAUGACCGCGCGUUCCAGCCUCAGCACCAACGGUUAUGACGGCUCUCAGUCCGGCGCUCAGUUCCCGUCUCGAGCUGCAGAGGCGGUGUGGCCUCAGUGGCAAGGCCAACAGAGUAAUGCAGAGCAGCAUCGUCACGCUCAGGACAGCCAGCAAGACAUGUUCCCUGAUAUGUUGUCUAUCCUUGACCAGCCAGGCAACUUCAGCAGCAGUGACUUUGGGAUUCCCCUCUACCCUCAAUACAAUGAAUAAACUGGUUUGUGUCAUGUUUUUCUUUGACUUGAUGAAUUUUGUCCUCUUCAGAUCCACUGCUUUUCUGUUUUCCUGCUUGUAAAAGUAUCGUUCUUUUCUUUCUUUGCAUUGCUUUCUUGUAAAAUUGCACAACUGGAUAAAGAUGGAGGGAGCUAUUACUGCAGAUGUAUACAUGAAAAUCAACAAGUUGCUACUGAGUAAAUCAUUAUUUUAGACAACAAUUCACCCAUCAUAAAGAAUGCCAUAGCCUAACACUGCUCAAACCUCAAUAAGUUAUGGUAAAAAUAUGUCAUAUACAAUAUAUAGAUGUUUUAAAACGCACAAUCACUCUUGAAUAGAUUGCACAAAGUCACUCUCCCACACUCUGGAAAUUAUUCAAGGAAGUGUAGACAUACUCCAAAUCCUUUGUGUUCUAAAUGUGUUUUUCUCAGGCAAAGCUUACCAGAAAAUAGUACUUUUUUGCCCCUUUUGCAUGUAAACAAACAAUUUAGAAAUGACAAAACUCUGGAAAAAGCAGGGAUUUACAUUUGGAAUUAGUUUGAACUCGAUCAGCACUCCACUUUGGAUCAGUUUUAGAUCAGCAGCGUAUCCCUGCAUGACUGGACUGCUUUCAUGGAGCACUUCAGCAAUUUUAGUUUUCGGAUUUGAAAUGUAUAAAUGAAAUAUAAAUCUAUAUAUACAUGGGUGAAGUCACCCAAGAAUUCUAUUUUUCUUUUGCCUUUUGAGAAGAAGUCUGCUCUUUUUUUUUCUGGUGAAAGUUGUACUUGAAUCGCAAUUUUGUUUGUUUUUGUUUUCUUUGUAAGGAGCUCUCAUUUAUAAGCAGUAAGCAUGAGUGUAUGAUAAAUACAACAUAAAUGUUGGCCAUGGUUCUAGGCUUUCUGUCCCAUAUAAUUUAACUUUUUCUUUUGACCUGAUUAUCUUGUACAUGUAGAGGUUUUUACUUGUUUUAUGAAAGAAAUAUUAAAAAGAAAAUCAGCGAUAAUUAAAAGGCAGGAAAUGUGGAUCUUUAAAGCCAUUUUUGACAUUAUGGUUUCAUUAUUUUUUUUUUUUUUUUUUUAUUGGACAACCUAAUGUUUUAUCUCGCUGAUUUAUGUCUGAAGUAUUUGUGCUUGACCUAAGCUUCAUCCUCCGGUUAGUAUUUUAUGGUUUGAUCAGGGUAUUCAGGAUUGAAAUGGAAAAAGCAGCAUUGAAAACAAAAUGGACCUAAAAGAAUGUCCCAGUGUAUUUUCAGUGUCUUUAACUCUGUGAAAUUAGGGCAAGAAUUGAACCAACAAUUUCAUUUUGACAAUAACUUUGUGGGAUGAAUGUUAGUGCUUAUACAGCUUCUGAUUUUAA